CCGGGGGUGCUUGCGGUCGGCAUGGGGAGCGGCGCGGCUCGGUAGGCGCGGGGGCGGCGCCGAGCUGGUCUUCACCCGGAUCCCCGCGCCUCGGACCCCGCGGCGGCCGCCCCGGCCGGAGCGCGCGUCCCCCGCGGGCUGCGCCGCGGUCCCGGGCGGAAAUGGCCGUGUAGCCUCGCGAGCGGCGGCGCGCGGACCCCCGAGGCGCAGUCAUGAAUUCCGGAGUCGCCGUCAAGUGCGGGAGCGACGCCGCGGCCGAGCUGAGUGAGCUCCAUUUGGCCGCCCUGGCAUCCCUGAAGGGAGACAUAGCAGAGCUAAAUAAGCGUCUGCAGCAGACAGAGCGGGAGCGGGACCUUCUGGAGAAGAAAUUGGCCGAGGCACAGUGUGAGCAGUCUCACCUCCUGAGGGAGCAUGAGGUCGUCCAGGAACGCACGACACUGCGGUAUGAGGAGUGCAUCACGGAGCUGCACAGCGUCAUCGCCGAGCUCAACAAGAAGAUAGACCGCCUGCAGGCCACCACCAUCAGGGAGGAGGACGAGUACUCAGAAUUGCGCUCCGACCUGAGCCAGAGUCAACACGAGGUCAACGAGGACUCACGGAGCGUGGACCAGGACCAGGCCUCUGUCUCCGUCCCUGAAAACCAGUCCACCGUGGUCACGGCCGAUGUGGACACCUGCAGCGACCUGAACUCGGAACUGCAGAGGGUGCUGACGGGGCUGGAGAACGUGGUCUGUGGCAGGAAGAAGAGCAGCUGCGGCCUGUCGGUGGCCGAGGUGGACAGGCACAUCGAGCAGCUCACCACAGCCAGCGAGCACUGCGACCUGGCCAUCAAGACAGUUGAGGAGAUCGAGGGGGUGCUUGGCCGGGACCUGUACCCCAGCCUGACCGAGGAGCGAUGUCGGUGGGAGAAGGAGCUGGCCAGGCUGAGGGAAGAGAACGAGAGCCUGACCGCCAUGCUGUGCAGCAAGGAGGAGGAGCUGACCCGGACCAAGGCGACCAUGAACGCCGUACGGGAGGAGCGGGACCGGCUGCGGAGGAGGGUCCGAGAGCUUCAGACUCGCCUGCAGAGCAUGCAGGCCACCGGCCCCUCCAGCCCUGGCCGCCUCACAGCUGCCAGCCGGCCCGUGAACCCCAGCACUGGGGAGCUGAGCACUAGCAGCAGCAGCAAUGACAUUCCCAUUGCCAAGAUUGCUGAGAGGGUAAAGCUUUCGAAGACGAGGUCCGAGUCCUCCUCCUCUGACCGGCCAGUCCUAGGCUCGGAGAUCAGCAGCAUAGGGGUUUCCAGCAGUGUGGCCGAGCACCUGGCCCAUUCGCUCCAGGACUGCUCCAACAUCCAGGAGAUUUUCCAGACGCUCUACUCGCAUGGCUCCACCAUCUCCGAAAGCAAGAUCCGGGAGUUUGAGGUAGAGACCGAGCGGCUAAACAGCCGCAUUGAGCACCUCAAAUCUCAAAACGACCUUCUGACAAUAACCCUGGAGGAGUGCAAGAGCAACGCUGAGCGGAUGAGUAUGCUGGUGGGAAAAUACGAGUCCAACGCCACGGCGCUGAGGCUGGCCCUGCAGUACAGUGAGCAGUGCAUCGAAGCUUACGAGCUCCUGCUGGCGCUGGCCGAGAGUGAGCAGAGCCUGAUCCUGGGCCAGUUCCGAGCGGCCGGCGUGGGCUCCUCCCCCGGCGACCAGUCCGGGGAGGAGAACGUCACCCAGAUGCUGAAGCGUGCCCAUGACGGCCGCAAGACGGCCGAGAACGCCGCCAAGGCCCUGCUCAUGAAGCUGGACGGCAGCUGCGGCGGAGCCUUCGCCGUGGCGGGCUGCAGCGUGCAGCCCUGGGAGAGCCUUUCCUCCAACAGCCACACCAGCACAACCAGCUCCACGGCCAGCAGCUGCGACACGGAGUUCACCAAGGAGGACGAGCAGAGGCUCAAGGACUACAUCCAGCAGCUGCGGAACGAGCGGGCCGCUGUCAAGCUGACCAUGCUGGAACUGGAGAGCGUCCACAUCGACCCCCUGAGCUGCGACGUCAAGCCGCGGGGUGACAGCCAGCGGCUGGACCUGGAGAACGCCGUGCUCAUGCAGGAACUCAUGGCCAUGAAGGAGGAGAUGGCCGAGCUCAAGGCGCAGCUGUACCUGCUGGAGAAGGAGAAGGCGGCGCUGGAGCUGAAGCUGAGCACGCGGGAGGCGCAGGAGCAGGCCUACCUGGUGCACAUCGAGCACCUCAAAGCCGAGGUGGAGGAGCACCGAGAGCAGCACUCGCGCUCGCUCAGCUCCGGCGGCAGCGGCAAGGACAAGCCCCCCAAGGAGUGUACUGACGCUGCCCCCCCUGCCCUCUCCCUGGCCGAGGUCAGGACGACAUGCAGCGAGAGUGAGCUGGCAGCUGAGUUCACCAGCGCCAUUCGACGCGAGAAGAAGCUGAAGGCACGGGUGCAGGAGCUGGUGAGCGCCCUGGAGCGGCUCACCAAGAGCAGCGAGGUCCGGCACCAGCAGUCAGCCGAGUUCGUCAACGACCUGAAGCGUGCCAACAGCAACCUGGUGGCCGCCUACGAGAAGGCCAAGAAGAAGCACCAGAACAAACUCAAGAAGCUGGAGGCGCAGAUGAUGGCCAUGGUGGAGCGGCACGAGACGCAAGUGCGGAUGCUCAAACAGCGCAUCGCCCUGCUGGAGGAGGAGCACUCGAGGCCACACACCAACGAGACGGCCCUCUAGGGCCCUGGCGUCUCUCACUGCCACCUGAGUGCACGGAGGCCAGGCCCCUGCUCUCUGUGCCUGUGCCACAGAGCCGCCUUCCCCUUGGCCAGCAGGAGCCCGAGGACCCACCAAGCCCUUGUCCUCCACCUCCCGCGGCAAGGCUGAUGUGACCCACCGGGCUGUGCUCAAGGGCUUGGGGGGUGGGUCUCAGGGAGCUGGUAUGUGGGGACCCUCAGCAGGCCCAGGACUGGGGGUAAGGGGAGCAGCUUGCCCCUCAGAGCUAGACAAGAACCAUGGGUUGGGCAGUGAAGCCCCAGUGUGCGCAGCAGUGCCCAGCCCUCCUCCAUGCCAAGAGCGCGCUGAGCCCCUCCCUGCAGGCGGGCGGACAGAGUGUCCAAAGCAAAGCACGCCCAGGGCAGCCCGCUGUCACCCUCUUCUCCCAGUUCCCUGGGCCACUCUGCUGUUUGUGCACCUGAGACCCCCUGGUGCCCUUGGAGAGUCCCAGUGCCACAGCGAGCUGAGUGGCUAGGCCUGUGCCAUCCUCACAGCCAGCAGUGUUCGCGGGCACGGGCAGGGGCAGGGCAAGGGCUCACCUUUACGGGUCACCUGCCAGGGACAGUGAAGAGACGGACUCAAAGCCCCACAGCCACACGCGUGCUCACCCUCCCAGAGCCACAGCCCAGCCCAGGUCCCCAAGCUGCUUCUCCCAGGUGACCUGGCUCUGCAACUGGACUAAUAGGAGCGGGUCUGCCUCCCCACCUCUAAGGAUAAACAGUGACCUUGACGGCUUCUAAGUUCCGCGAGGACCUUCAGUCAGCUCAUUGCUUCUUUCCCCCCGCCCCCCCCAGUCCAGGCUGCGGACUGCAGAGGGGCACAGCCUCAAAGGCCUUCCACUGUGCACUCGGCAGGUGACAGCACAGCCACACAGACCCCGCCUGACUGCGGCCACCAGCCCUGCACACUCCUUCGCCACAUGAGGCUGCAAAGCACCCAGUUCUCACACCCACAGCCUACUGGCCCCAUGGGGAAGUCUGGGGACAGCCGUGGGCUUCCCCCCACCCCAGCACUGCAUCCAGGACCCCCAAGGUGACACCAGCACCCGCACA